AUGCAGCUUAAACUUGCACUCCUUGUAAUUUCUUCCAUGGCAGCAACAGCCCUUGCGCAGCAUCACUUGGCAGGACACGAGAACCACCACGUCGGUUACAACUACCAGUACGGAGUGAAGGAUCCGCACACCCACGACGUCCACUCUCAACAGGAACACAGGGAAGGUGACAAUGUUGUAGGUGAAUACACCCUGCUAGAAGCCGAUGGCACACAACGUAUUGUGAAAUACAGGGCCGGACCCCACAUCGGUUUCGAGGCCUACGUCGAGAGGAACGGACACGCUCAGCAUCCCGCUUAUUACGGUAAACACGGAGAGAAGGGAGGACAGGGAGGCACUAGCUACGUGGGGGCCACGCACUGGAAUAACCAAGGGCCCGAAGAACACUACCAUCAUUAA